AUGAGUGAUCAAAGUGAUAGACAUAGAGGUAAAAGAAUUUAUCAAAGUGGGAGUGCUAAGCGUCGAGCAUCAAUUGAUAAACAGCAAAAAGAAAAAGAGAUUCUUUCAAAAAUGCGACGCAUGUCCGAUUAUUUUUCUUCACAAAGUGAAUCGCAAACUUCUACAUUACAUGAAAUUGAUUCAAAUAGUUUAGCUUCUAUACAAAUUUUGGAAAACAAUGAUUUAAAUAAUGCAUCAACAUUGACAAAGCUAGUACACAAAAAAGAAAAGGUUUCGAUAACAGAAAAAAGCGGGAGUGAGGAUGGUUUGUCAAAUGAUAUAGGUAUGUGGCCGGAUGAUAUGAAAAAAUGGAGUUUUCAUUGGUUAAAAAAGUUCGAUGUUUCUGUACAACAUUGCGACAGCUAUUUAUUAAAAAAUAAAUCAUUAGAACAAUCCGAUGGACAGAAAAUCAGAAAAUGUACCGUAAGCAUGUUCGAAAAAAAAACGGUUAACGGAGAAGUGAUCAAACGUUCUUGGUUGUGCUUUUCUCCUACUACUGGUCGUUUAUAUUGCUUUUUUUGCAAAUUAUUUGAUAAAUCGUUGGCAAAUCAGUUUAUACACAACGGCUUUUGUGACUGGAAACACGCUAAUGAACGUUUAGUACAGCAUGAAAUGUCAAAUCAUCAUUUAAAAGCUCUGGUACAAUAUAAUAGCCUUUCGAAAGAACAAGGACAAAUUGAUAAAGAACUCAAAAAACAAAUCGAAGAUACCACUAAGUAUUGGCAAAAUGUAUUGAGGCGUGUGAUUGACGUUAUAUUAUUUUUAAGUGAAAGAUCAUUCUUAAGUGAAAUUCUAGGCUCGCCAAACAAUGGAAACUUUCUAGGAAUAAUAGAGUUAUUGUCAAAAUAUGAUCCUUUUUUAGAAGAGCAUAUAAAAAAAUAUGGAAACGGUGGAAGUGGACACGUUAAUUACCUCUCGUCAACUAUCUAUGAAGAACUCAUCGAAGAAAUUGCCAAAUUAGUAUUCAGCGAAAUAUUGAUACGAUUGAAAAAAGUUAAAAUAUAUUCAAUUUCUUUAGAUGGAACAAGUGACGAAGGUCAUGUUGAUCAACUGACUUUAAUUUUUAGAUAUGUAGAGAAUAGUAAGCCAGUUGAAAGAUUCCUAAAAUUUUUACCUAAUCAAGGCCACAAAGCUAUUAACAUGUUUAAUGCAUUGAUAAAUUUUUUAAAAGAAAAUGAUAUUGAUAUAAGCAAUUGCCGCAGUCAGUCAUAUGACAACGCAUUGACCAUGAGUGGAAAAUUUAACGGACUUCAAGCUUUAGUAGCAAAAGAAAAUGAUUUAGCAAUAUGGAUACCCUGCUUAGGACACAGUUUAAAUUUGACUGGAGAAAAAGCUUCUGAUGCUUCGAUGUCUUCAACGAAUUAUUUCAUGUUCCUUCAAUCUAUUUACGUAUUUUUUUCAGCUUCAGAUUGGCGUUGGGCAUUGCUUAAAGAAGCAUUAGAAUCAGAUAAAACCGGAAAAGUCAAAAUAAAAAUGCCACGAGUUGAAUGCACUAGAUGGAGUGCUCGAGGAGAUACUAAUGAAGCUUUUGUACUUGGUUAUAAAUCAAUCAGAGAUACUUUAUUAGAUAUAUCUCAAAAUACUAAUUACGAUACUAAAACUCGAUGCGAAGCUUCAGGUCUUCAUAAAAAAAUGUGUCGUUUAGAAACUGGGAUCAUGGCGUCGCUUUGGAAUGAUAUUCUUCAAAACUUGAAUAAAACUAGCAGCAUGAUUCAAAAUCCUAGAAUACUGUUAAAUACCGCAAUUUCAUGCAUAAAAUCAUUAAAAGAAUACGUCGCAGAAAAACGAGAUAACUUUUCACACUAUGAGGAUUUAGGAAAAAAACUAACUGAAAUAACGAAAUAUCAAAGCAAUCGUAUUCGAAAGAGAAAUGUUCGUUUAAACUCUCCUAAUGAUCCUGAAACACCAGAAGUUGAAUUUUCAGUGUCUGAAUCAUUUCGUAUCUCUCAAUAUCUUCCAAUAAUAGAUACAUUUAUCAACGCUUUGAAUCAAAGAAUAGGAGCAUACAAAGAAAUUGAAUCGAGAUUUGGAUUUUUAUCUAAGCUUGAUGAAUUAAGUCAUGCCGAAAUUACCGAAAAUUCUCAACGGUUAAUAAUUAUUUAUUCAAAUGAUUUAGAUUCUGGUCUUGAAACAGAAUUAUUGCAAUUUCGAAAUUUUUGUUUAGAUUUACUGAAAUUCGACUUGAACAUUAGUAAAGAACAAGCAAUGUACUCACUGAUUAUUGACAAAGGAGUUCGCGAAUCUUUUCCAAACGUUGAAAUGGUCUUAAGAAUAUAUUUAACAUUAAUGAUAUCUAACGUGACCGGUGAAAGAUCAUUUUCUAAAUUAUUCAUCAUUAAAAAUGUGUUGCGAACAUCUAUGACUCAAGACCGCUUGAAUUAUUUAACAAUCAUGAGUACGGAACGAGAUAUAUUGCGGGAGAUAGAUAUUGAAAAAGUAAUAAAGAUUUUUGCAGAAAAAAAAGCACGGAAAGUUUUUUGUUAG